UCUCGAUUACACAUCGCUCGUGUCAGCGUCUCCGGCUAAAUAUAGUUUAUCUUUCUUUACAAAUGGAAGUACGGAAAUAUAAAUACUGGGUCGUAUUAGUGGCAGUUUUUGUUGUUGUUUUUAUUCCGAUAAGUAUUUAUUAUUUCAGCACUAGUAAUGACAGCAGCAAUGAUAAUGGUCCUAUGAGCAAACUAAUAAUAGACCACGAUGGGGGAGCAGACGACGCUAUGGCUAUAUUUAUGGCUCUUCUUUAUGAAAAGUACUUUAAUGGCCCAACACUCAUAGCACUGUCAACUACUCAUGGCAAUGUGAACGAAAGCCAGGCAUUCAUGAACACACAAAGGAUAUUAGACAUAGCGGGGAGACGUGAUGUCCCAAUAUACCGUGGCAGCAAUACCUCCCUAGUGAUCUCAGUGCCGGCCGAAGACUGGUUCGGUGUAGACGGUCUGGGUGACAACGAAAACGAGCCGAUUGAGCCCAUUGAAGCUCAGUCGAUGCAUUCAGCUUUGGGGAUUAUUGAGCUGGUUAAUAGGCACCCAGGUGAAGUAACACUAGUUGCGAUCGGGUCACUAACGAAUAUUGCAUUGGCAAUGCGAUUAGAACCACAGUUGGUUACUCGGCUCUCGCAUCUGUACGUGGGCGCGGGUCACGUUUACAGUGAAUCUGAACCAACUCCAGAGUUUAACGCAGAACAAGAUGCAGAGGCAUAUCAUGUAAUCAUGCAAAACGCUAAUCCAGAUAAAGUGACAAUUCUACCCUUCUCACAAGUUGGAACUAAAAAUAUAACCCGACAAUGGCGCGAGCAAGUACUAGGAGCCAUACCAACUAAAAUAAUAACAUCCCUGAACAGCUUUGAAAGGAUUUCCAUAACGUAUUCAGAUUAUUGGUCGCUAUUGGACCCUAUUGUUCUGGGCGUGGUCCUAAAUGAUACCAUAGUGGGCGAUGUCAAGUAUUCCCAGAAUGAUAUCAUUUUAUGCGGUGAACAAAGAGGUAUUAACACUAACAAUUUUACAACAAUAGAGGAAGCGAAUGUGAAAGUCAUCAACCAAAUUCUCCAGGAGGAAUAUAAAGAAUUACUCCUUGCCAUUUUUUCUGCAGAAUUAUAGAAUAAACAUGCGUAACUGUAGUAAGAAUUUUUGACUGUGAUUAUAAAUAUAACAAUAUGAACAAAA